AUCAAAUCAAACUAGAAGGAUUUCAUAAUAUUUCUGGGCAAACUGGUAGAAAUAUGAAAAGUGGGUGUGAUGUUUUCAUCGCUAACCAUCUUUCCUAUUCUUUAAAGGAUGAUAUUAACAAAUCUCAUGAAAAUUCUGACUUUGAAUUUGAAGCCCAUCCGAUUAAAGAUUCUAAAUCCAAGCAAAACAUAUAUAUUUAAAGGUGUGGAAUGCAAUGAUACUUGAAAACCUAUCAUCAUUUUUCGAUAACUUAAAAUCUACUUUAUCUAACAUAAGUAAAGAAAAUAAGGCAAUAUUAAAUUUGAGGUGACUUUUUUAUUAACCUUCUUAAAGUUGACAGUUCGGUCAAUACUGAUUCCUUCCUUAAUUUGAUGCUCUCAAACUUUCUUAAACCUCUAGUUUUAAGCCAACUAGAAUUGUUGAUAAUCCUUCUCCUAGCCUAAUUGAUAAUAUUUUAAAAAUGGCUUUGAAAAAGCAAACAAUUGAGUAAAAUAAAGCUUUUUGUCUGACAAUGUUCGGAGUUUAAAACGUCAGAACAUAAAUCUGACGUUUGUUCUGAUGUUCUAACGUUUUAAACCUUGAAGAGUGUCAAACAAAAAGCUUUAUUUUACUCAAAUGUUUGCUUUUUUCAAAACCAUUUUCAAGUUUCGUACCACCAAAAGACUGUUUGAUAAUACUUUCAUAAACUCUUUAGACACAGUAACAGAUAGUGAUGAUUCGAUAGAUAAAUUAUCUGAUCAUUUUUUCCAAUCUUCACUUUAUUUGAGGUUGAUAAUAGAACUAAAGUUAAAGAAAACUCGAUGUUUAGAGAUUAACUCAAUUUUAAUAAGGAAACAUACAUAAAUUAUUCCAAACAGAUAAUUUCUUUUUCUGUUGAUGAAACAUUAGACUCAAAAUGCGAAAAAUUUCACAACAACUUUCUUACCCUGUUAAACAAGCAUGCUCCAUUAAAAAAAAUCGAAACGCUUUAGGAAACAGCAACGCAAAUCUAAUGGCAUUCUAAAAUCAAUAGCUACAAAAACCUCACUCCAAAAAAAGUUUAUCGAAAGAAAAGACCAGUUUUGGUUUCUACGUCAUGAAAAAUACAAAAAAUACACUUAAUCGUGUAAUUUAACUAAGUAGACAAAAUCAUUACACUUCAUACUUUAAUAGCUUCAAAAAUGACUCAAAGCUAAUCUAGAAAGGAAUUAAAAAAAUUAUGAAUAAAAAAUAAUCGUAAGUCUCAUCAAAGGAUAAAACUGGAUUUUGAGGGUAAGCUUUUUUCAGACGAUAAAUAAAUAGCUAAUAACUUUUUUACAAAAGUAUAGCUCCUAACCUAGCUAGCUAGGACUGACUAUAAGGCUUUAUUAAAAAAUGAAAUCUCAGAAAUUUCUUUUCACCUGUUUAGCCUGGUAAAGUUAAAUUAUGCUACUCAAAGAGUUUAAAUCACAAGUUUCAUAUGACAUUCCAGUUACAAUGGUGAAAUACAUAAGUGAUUCUUUAUCAAGUGUUCUAUCUGACUUAAUAAACGAGUCUUUAAGUAAAGGGCAAUAUCAUUCUCUACUUUAAGAUAUUAGGUUAUUCUAAUUUACAAAGCAAACUCCAAAUUAGACGUUUCUAAUUAUCGUCCAAUAUCCCUGUUAACCAUUUUUAAAAAAGAUUUUUGAAUAUUUCAUGCAUACCCGACUUGUCCAAUUCUUAGAAAAACAUAAAAUAUUAUAUUUCCAUCAGUUUGGCUUCCAAAAAAAUAAAUCUACAACCCAAGCAAUACUUAACCUAUGUAACCAUCAAACUAAUGCCAUUGAAAAGAAAUAAAUUUCUUUUUGUAUGUUUUUAGAUCUUGCUAAAGUGUUUGACACAGUUGACCAUGAAAUAUUAAUAUCAAAGCUUUCUCAUCAUGGAAUUAGAGGUACUGCUUAAAGAUUGGUUUAAGUCUAAUCUCUUUGAUCGAACACAAAACUUCUACCUUUAUUGGGUCCUAUCUAAGUCACCUCGUAUAACCCAUGUAGUUCCGCAAGAAAGCGUCUUAGGUCCCCUAUUUUUUCUAUUAUUUAUAAAUGAAAUGCCAACUUCCUCAGAAAUUCUGAAGUUUCAUCUUUUCGCUAAUGAUACUAGAAUUUGUUCUCUCAUAAAAACUGGCAUAGCUUAAAAACUAUUGAAAAUACUGAAUUUAAGAGCACCUCAGAAUGGCUUUCUGCUAAUCAAUUAACAAUCUUUUGGUGGUACAAAACUUAAAAAUGGCUUUGAAAAAAGCAAACAUUUAGUAAACUAAAGCUUUUCGUCUGACACUCUGACACAUGAAUAAUGCGACAUCUUAAUUUUCUUUCAAUAUUCGUUGAAUGAGAAAAUGUCACCUGUUGAUAGAAGUGGUUUGAAUCUUCUGUAUGCUACAGUCAUAGAACAUUCUAUUUGCUAUUCAAAUCAUUCUAUUUUGCUGCAAAAGUUGAAGCAUUUUAGGCUUCAGAAGUAACAAAACAUCAUUAAUUGCAGACAUUUUAUGGUUACUGUUGCCUAGAUAAAAUUCAAUAGCCGUUCAAAAUUUAUGAUUAAUCAACCAGUUGCUCAACCAAAUGAAUCUUACAUAUUCAUGUAAUUCAAAAGGAUAUCCAUUGACUGUGGGUGGUUAAUAAAGACUACAUCAAUAUUCUGUUGAUAAACUUAUUCUUUUCAAGCGAUGACCAAGUUCAUGUGAGCUGGUUGUGGUUUUCUGCAAGAAAGAAAACGACAUAGAGAUCAGAAUUUUAAUAUGUCAUUUUAAAAACUUAUUAAAAAAGAAAUUGAAUUGAAUUAACAUUUUAUUAUGUAUAAAUGGAAGCAAUCAGUUAUUUGAACCAUUUUAAGAAUCAUUUUGAAAAAAAAUCUGUUAUGAUUAAACAACAUGGAAAUCUGUUGACACGACCUGUGCAAAUAUUCCUGUUUCGAAACUCCUGUUACAGAUAAAUUUUCAUGGCCUAUGUAUAAAACACCAUUGAAGAUUGUAAAUUUCAGCGAUUUACUAUUAGUAUACUAUCCUUUUUUGACUUGCUUAUCAGGAUUUUUCAUGUUCUUAUGCCACAAAAGUAACUUUUCACAAAAGGAGCAUUAAGAGAAUGACAAUUCGUUUGGUUGCAGUGUCGUUUGAUAACAUGAAGUCAUCUACGAGAUCACUAUCACAGGAAUAUUGCUAGGUGUAAGCUGAGUUCAUUCAAUAAAGCAUAGAAACAGCUCGUUUCUAUAGGACUUAAUUUGAUUCUCUGGGACUAAUAUUUCUUUGUAGCCUUUUCCUGAGAUUAUAUUAAAAAAAACCUUAUAAAGAUGAAUUUUUAAUCAACUUUAAGAGAGAAAAUGAGGCAUCGACAAAGAUAAAUAUGAAAAUAUACUUACUCUGAACUGGCGAUCUUUAAUUGAUAUCCCUUUGUCAAAAAGAGCAUAUUCCCAGCAAACUCAAAACAUUCGCAUAGAAUAUCGUUUUUUAUAAAUAUUUUUCAAUCUCACAAUUUACUUGAUUACUUUAAACCAUGACAAUGAUAGAAACUUAUUCCGCCUGUGAACAAACCUCAUCAUCUACUGUAUUUUUAAUUAUAAGUCAAACACAGCUCAAAGAAGGUUUUUAACUAGGUAAAUGUUUUUCUUCUGAAAAUAAGUACCAAGAUUGUAUUUGAUAAUUGCCAUAAUUACCGAAAUAAGUUGCAUACCUUAUGAUUCAUAUAAUACUAGAAUCAAACUAUCAAAAUGAUUUUAUAAUUUUUUACAAAAGCAAUUAUACGGUCCUUACUUUUAGCUUUUUUUGCCUAAGGACAGGGGAGACUGCCUAUUUGCAUUUCAGCACAAUCAACAUUCGGAAUUUGAAUAAAUUUAGAUUGCUCUUUGCGUAGCAGAAUCAAAAUAUUCAUUGUUAAUUGUUUAGCAGAAGUGAUCAUAAAAAAAACCCAAAGGUAUGACUGAUGUCGACAGCAAUUGACUGAUAUACAAUAUGAAAUUGCCAUUUGCUGCAGAAGCCAAUGAACUUUGCACAGGUCAUGUUUGCUAUCUAGAAUACGUCCAAAGUUUGUAAGAAAUAAGAAAUUGAUGAAAUUUAUAAAGUUUUUUUGACAAAGCAAGGUCCUGCGAAAACAUUAUUCUUUAAAAGCGGAUAUGAUUGUCUUAGAUUUGCUUUCCUAAUUUCAAGCCACAUGUUUUUCUGUUGAGAACUGGUUGAGCAACUAUAAAUUAUCAAACCUAAAAUCACACCAAAAUCUACUACAUCUUGCAAUGAUGUGACUUUGUUAUGGCUACAAAACCUUGUUGUUAACAUUAUGAAAGCUAAGGUUAAUACGUCCUAGCAUCAAAUGAAAGAGUGCCUUCGUUUAAAAAAAAGGCUUGAAUACAAUGACACCUUAUGAGUUUUUCAUAAACAUACAGAACAGGCACAGUUGACGUUGCUAGGGUAUCAACAUUGUAUUGGUUUUAAUGUAUCGAUUAAGGUCUAUGUAAUACAGUAUGGGCUAAAUAAACCACCUGUCUUUUAUUUGCUUUACAAGCGAAUAGAAACAUUUAAAAGGGGUGCUUCAAUAUGUCAUGACACAACUAUAAAGCUGCAAUGCACAUUGUUCGUAUCUUAAUCAAAGAGUGACCGUGGAUAUGGAACGUUUUUUCUUAUUCCUUGUGUUCUUUAUUUUCGCACAAAAAAAGCUUGUUGUAGGCACAAACUUUGGAGUGUCAAAGACCUAUUACAUUCGCCAUUUUGAUGGAAAGUGCUUAGAGUACGAUGAGGUCCGUCAGGUCCUGGUUUACGGUCGACUUUGCCGAGAAAAGUUCCAAUGGCAGGGAGGAGCAAGACUCAUCCAUAUACCAACAAAGAAAUGCAUCAAUAUCAAUGCCACAAGCGAUGGAAGCUUCUUGUCCUUGUCAAGCCAAUGCAGUGGUACAAACAGUUUGUUUCAAUACGAUGAAAGCAAUCGAGUGAUUCGACAUCUUCUCUCUAACAAAUGUUUGCAUCCAGAAAAUAGAGAUGCUGAUCCUGCAAAUAAUACUGCAAUUGUCCUGAAGUCAGGCUGCGAUGGAAACACCAACAAAUUCUACUUCAGAAAGAAAGCCUACUAUAUCAUCCGGCACUUUGGUGGACUAUGUUGGGUUUAUAACUCUGCAGAGAACUUGAUCAAACUGAUGAAUCCAUUUGCAUGCGAUCGCUUUGAGUAUGUGAAUAAUUACCAUUUGAGGCACGUUGAAACCGGCAAAUGUGUUAUUUUCUCAAGUUCAUAUAUACGACUGACUGACGACUGUCAAUCUCCAGAAACAAAUUACAAACUCAACCAGUUCUCUCUACUUGAGCAUGGACCAACUAAUUGUAUACAUCCUUUGAAUGGAGCUUUAUAUCCUGCCAAUGGAAAUUUGCUUAUCCUACAUAGCAAUGGAUGUACUGAUGAAGACCGCGCGAGAUUCUCCUUCUUUGACGAUAAAGAUAUACUUAAAGUCAAGAUCAUAUCCGAAUCCUGUAAGGACAUCCCGCCAGAUACUGGUUGUGCUCAUUGCAAAAGUCACGUGCUAGUCAAUGGCCGUCAACACAGUCUAAACAUGCGUGGGAUAGAUAUCGUUCUCUUUGAUUUCAGAAGUGGCCUAUUUGAGCAUAGGAUGAAUUACGAUGUCUUCGGCAGCACAGUACAUCAAGACAAUUUAGCAACGUUUCUAAAUAACCUUCCCCCAGGGAAGAUCCUGUUCAUGUCAGCAAAGGAUGCAGUUAACAUGAAUAGUGGUCUAGCUCUUGCGCUACAAAAGAUUGGUGUUUCCGCAACAUUUGCAACUGCCCCUGUUCCAAAUGUCUUUAUGUCUCUGGCAUAUGUUGGCUAUACAGGACAGGUGAGAAAAGAUUGGGAGAAAUCUGUUAACAGGAUUGGGGGGUCAGGAGCUUCAAUUAUUGAAGUUAGCAUCAAGACUUUUCAUGAACGGGAUGGAAUUGAUGAUUGUUCAAAUGAACUUGGAGUGCGAACCAGAAAAAUACCGGAUUCUAGGUUUUAUGCAAGGACAAGUUGGAGUAAUGACAUCGACCACAUGCCUCAUAUUGCUAGAUUGCAUUCUUCUAAACCUGGAUGGUGUUCAGAUACUUAUGUACCGGUGUCGGAAUACUUACAGGUGGAUUUCGGAACCAGAAAAAUAUUAAGUGCUGUUGCUAUUCAAGGUAGUGGUUUAAACGGCAGAAAUGGAAUUUCUAAAUUUAAAAUAGAGUACAGUAAUGACGGAAUAAAUUGGGAGUUUUACAAUAGAGGUUUAAGCUCCGCUGUGGAAUUGGACGGUCUACAAGGGGAACAUACUGACCAAUUUGAAACAAAGGUUAACUGGAUUCAAAACAUACAAAUGAGGUUCAUUAGAGUUGUUCCAACAGCAAGAGCUUCUGAUUACUCGACCUGUUUGAGAAUGGAGUUAUUUGGAUGUUCCAUAUCAAAGGGUUUUGUAAGUGUAGAACUUUCGCCAUCGUCUAGCAUGUUUGUGAAUGACAUAUUCACAGGUAAAAUAUCUCUCUUCGGUACCAUAACGAAAAACAUGUCAGUUCAUAUUUCUACGGCCCCAGAUUUCUCUAGCCUUGCGACAAGCAAUGAUCAGUUUCACUUUCGCAGGAUAAAUGCAUCGACAACAGUUGAUAAUGGAACUGUCUUAAUGGACAAUGGUGAGAUGAACCUGCUGACCGACUGGACUAGAAAGAUUGAUAAUGAAGCUCUGAUUCAGUUUGGUUUAAAGGGAGAUAUUUACUAUGCAUUUGAAGUCGACUUUGUCGGAAAGGUAGGCUUUGUUAAAUUUUUUAAAGAAUGAUUUUCUAGCAAAAGAUGCUGCUACCUAUGCAGUAUAUCGGUAUUAGAACCGCCCAGUUAACUCUUCUCGUGGUUUUACUUUCUUUCUUCAGAUCAUCUAGUUUUUCACAAUUUUCUCUUUGUUUCAAAAAAGGAUAGAAGAAAUCAUGAUAACUCUCCAUAUUUUAUUCAGGCCUUCCAUUUGCAGCUUUUUUAUCGUGUUCGUACAUCUCAAUCAAAUUGUUGCGGAGCUGAUAAUAUUUGUUAAUAUACCGUCAGCGUUUCUUGAUUGAACUGAGCAUGUUUUCUUUUUACAAAACGUCACUGAAGCAACCGCUCGAUGGUUGCAAAAGCAUCGUCUUAGGAAUUAUGUACCAAACUUCAUGCUCGUAUCAAAAGAUGUCAUCAAAUUUGAGAGAGGCUGGUUGCUUGCAAACCUUAAGUUUCAACAGAUCUCACUUUUAGGUUAUUGGUUAAAUCGCAUUGAUGUUUUAUUUUACAAUAGUUGACUCAGUUUGCAAGCUCUUUCCGACGCUAUUAUCGGAUUUGAAAACUUCGAUGAUCAAACUUUUUGCUGACCGUGCAUUUUUCACACGUCCUGAAUGGUGACUUCCAUCAUGCUCCACAGGGUUAAAAUUAUAAGUGGCCCUUACUUGUAUGAUAAACCUUUCAAAGUUCUUGUAGGUAGAUUGGUAGAUGGUAAUGCAAAUUGCCUAUCUUUUAUUCAAAAACAACAAAUUACAAUGGCUUGAUUGGGAAAGAGCAUGUGAUCAUAUAGCUAUGUCAGUCAAAAUUUGUACAUUUUGAGGAAUUUCAUUCUACACGCCCAGAGUGUGGAAAAACGUAAAGCGACGAUAAUAUCAAGUCAUUUGACAGGCAACGUCAUCUUUUCAGUUAGGAGUUUUGUAAUCUGUCUACAUCAAACAAAAGAUCUCGACUUGUGUAGACAGAAAGCGUUCUUUUCUCUCUUGGACACUUCAACAAGGUGAGAGAUUAGCGGUCGCUGAUUGGUCAAAAACAAACAACAAAUCAAAUGUGUCUUUCUUCCUAUCACAUUACUUCCGAUCAACAAAUGGAUAAGAAUUUUUAGCUUACUUUCGACCAUUAUCUGUCGUUUAUAUUUUGAAGAGUGCCUGUCUUAACCCUCUUUAUUUCCGCCAAAAUGCGUUCUUGCUUCAUCCUUUCUCCGAACCGUGCCGUUUCAAACUCCUUUUCGUGCUCAAAAAGCUUCUGUCUUAUCAAAAAUUCCUCUAGAAUAUGAAAUUGAUAUGCAAUCAUAUGUUGAGUUCAAGAUGACCUCAUCUUAUAUGCCAAAAAGCUUACCAUUUAAAAAAUAAAAAUACACACAUCUAUUGAAAUAUUAAAUUCUGUGUUUUAACUAUAUGAAGACCGACGUUGCUAAAACGAGGAACAAGCGGAACAACCCAGGAACAACCCAGGAACAAGCGGAACAACCCAGUAACAACCCAGGAACAAGCAGAACAACCCAGUAACAAGCGGAAAUGUGAAGUUAUUGUUUUGUAAAUAACACAUGGGGCGUUUAUAAGCCAACUCUCUAAAGUUCGUGUGGGCUAGCACGUGCACUAUCAAGAGGCCGUCAAACACUUCCGUUAUGUAAUUUUUUGGCAGUUCGCUGCCAUUUUCCCUCCUUUUCACACAACCGUACAUAGUUUGAUGGAUCAGAAAACCUGUCGUUGUGGUUUUUCACUCGAAUCAAACACCGACAUAGCAAGGCAAGGGCUGGUACACAAAAAGCCCAAAUUGAGGGGUCGAAAAUUGAGGUGGGGGAUAAUAUUUAGAAUAUAUUAAUGGCAACCGAAGGGACAAAAGGACCGGGGGUGUGGGGGUGUCACACCUCCCCGAUAGUAUCUCAAUGAGAAAUUUCAGGUAAAAUCUCAAUAAACUAACAACAAAUGUUGCCAAGUUUGUACGAGAAAUAAUCAGACAAGGCAAAAAAUUGGAAAUUCUCCUGUGAACUGAAUCAAAACUCCAUUUCUAGGCAUAGAUUUAUACUCAUUACUUUUGAUUGUACACUAUUAAUUGUCGCAUUUUUUAUGUUGCUA